AUGUAUCAGCAGACGAAAGACGUCCGAAUUUUGUGUGCCGAAUUGCUGCCCGGAAAAGUGCUAUCCCUCAUGAUGACAAAGCCAAAGGGCUUUGAGUACGAGAGUGGCAUGUAUCUGUACGUGAACUGCCCAAGCAUUUCCCAGUGGGAAUGGCAUCCUUUCUCAAUAACUUCGUCACCAGGGGCGGACCACCUGAGUCUGCACAUACGCGCAGUCGGAGACUGGACAGAAGAGCUAUACAAUCGCUUCCGCUGCUUCGGUCAGACAGUGCACCACGAAGAAUUGCUUCAGACAUGCUUGAAGACGUUCACCCCCACAUUGGACUCCAAUACCACAGGCGUUGAAUCCAGCGGCACAAAGACCCCCCUGGCGUCUCCAAUUACACUGGCGCGUGCCUCACAGGGAGUACUGAAAGGGGUGCCGCUUGUCAGAGACUCAAGUGGGUUUGAUCGCAAGGGCUCCGUAUGUGACAAUCAGCUCGCAGAAGGCAUUCCCUAUCACAUGCAUCUGUCAAUGAAUCCUCUUUGGAAGAACAACUCUCACGAAUCGCGAGACUACGACGGGGGCGGCAUGGAAGAAAGGAAGAUGGACACUACGGGACUGGGCGAGCACCGGGUGGUCAUCCCUUCAAAGGCCAAAAAUGAGGGGCCUGGUUCUGCGGAACUUUCUGGACAAGAGGUGGCUUUAGCGCAGUCCGAUCCAAGUUCACUGGCCACGAACGAUCGGACCCCGAAGGUGCAGCGCACAACUGCCAAUGAGGCGACUGGCAUUAUGACAGUGGCCAACGCGGAAAAGUCCUUGUACUCUCGUCCACGUGUGGCGCCGCGCCAACGCCACCAUUCAUUCUUGCAGGACCUCGCUCAUGUGAGGCAGAGCCCUGAGGUGGCGUCCAGAGAAGUUCCGCUGAAGCUGCGGUUGGAUGGGCCAUUCGGAGCACCGGUGCAGGGAUACAGGGACUACUCCGUGAUGCUGUUGAUUGGAGCUGGUAUUGGUGUCACUCCAUUUGCGUCCGUGCUCAGCGAUCUGGUCCACAGGAUGAGAAAGAUUUCUCAGGGAUCUGCUGUCCCACGUUUCCAGAAGGUUUACUUCUACUGGAGCGUCCACUCGCAGUCCGAAGUCCUGUGGUUCAGCCGCGUAUUGGAGGCCAUCAGCAGAGAAGAUCUGCACAAUAUUUUGGACCUUAACAUCCACAUAACGGGUCUGCGACAAUCUAGCGAUGUGCGAACGCUGCCUCUCAAGCUGGCACAGGUGGCAGUACACAAGCUGACAGGCAUGGACGUCAUGUCGGGGCUGAAUGGCCGGGUCCUCACAAGAUUUGGUCGGCCUGAUUGGGCCAGGGUAUUUCGCGACCUGCAGAUCCGACACAGCAAGGAAAAGAAGAUCGGUGUAUUUUACAGUGGUCCAAACACACUGGCUUCGGUGCUGAAGAGGCUAAGCAACAAGUAUUCAACGCAUGGAAACAAGUUCAGUUUUACCAAGGAAGCAUUUGGAUACUGGUGA